AUGUCUAAUAACCGUUACGUGAGUAAUUCAUCGCGAGGGAUAUUCGACGAAGACGACGAUGUAGACGACAAUGAAUUCAUGUCCCGCGUUCGACCCAACGUCGGCUAUAGAAAUGACCUUUUGGGCAACAAUUUUGGUAAUCAAGAAUUAGAAAAUGCCCAUAGACAAAAACAACAAGUUGUUGAAACAACAAGAGACGUAGAACAAAGAACUUUACAGUCCACUGAAAGAACCUUGCGUUUACUCAGAGAGUCUGAAAAUAUUGGUACUGCUACAGCUGAAGAACUGGUUAGACAAAGAGAACAGCUGCAAAACACCGAUAAACGACUUGAUGAAAUCAAUUCUAAUUUACGUGUCAGCCAAAAACAUAUACAAGGAAUUAAAAGUAUUUUUGGAAGUUUUAAAAAUAUGCUCAGUGGUAAAUCAAAUUUACCACCACGUAGCGCAUCAACUGAAAUUGAGCCAACGGGGCCUCCAUUAACAAAUGAAGUGCGUAGAAGUACAUUGAGUGAAACCUUGACACAAGCAAAUUCUAAUAUUAGCUCUAUGGAUCAACAUCCUGGUUUAAGAAUAAGAGGUUUAGUAGACAACGAAUCAACUACACCAACUGAUGUACAAUCUAAUUUGGAUAACAAUUUGGAUCAAAUUCUUGGAUCAGUAACUCGAUUAAAAGGUUUAGCAUUGGGGCUUGGUGGAGAAAUUGAUUCUCAAAAUGAUUUAGUUGAAAACAUUCUCGGUAAAGCAGAUAAAGCUGACAUAAAUAUGGAACGACAAAACAAAGAGAUAAAUCGUAUUUUGAAAAAAUAA